GUAAAGCGUCGCCGUUUGUUCAUUUUUGCGGCUGCUAUUGUACUUGAUAACGUUUUCGCGUAGAAAUAAUUUUGUGUAACAAGCCAAGCGUCGUCGUCGACUUUUUACGAGCAAUUUAGUACAAGAACGUACGGCAAUUAAAACGGAUUAUUAUUUUGUGUGCAACAGGAAGCAUUAUUUGAUAAGCAGUUCCCCGACUUCAAAGAUAUUAUUAGUGAGAGUGCGCUUGUUUAAUGUGAAAGGAUUUUAAACAGAACAAAAGCUAUUUAAAGAUAGAUUAUCUGUUUUUGAAUAGUUUUUUUUAGUGAGUGGAGUGUGUGGUAUAUUGAUUCUUAAAUUGAUUAAGGUGAUCCUAUAAAUCCUCAGUUUUGCUCCUCCGCGAGCGUAAGUGUUGAAAUAAAGGCGCGUUGAAAAAAAUUCGUCAAAACGUCGUGCCCAAUUUUCAUGAUGGGAUGUACGGUGUCGGCGGAGGAAAGGGCUGCGAUUGCUCGAACGAAAAAAAUUGAUCAAGAAAUUAAGGAAGACGGAUUACGUGCGAAAAGGGAUAUCAAGUUGCUGCUAUUAGGCGCCGGAGAAUCGGGGAAGAGUACGAUAGUGAAGCAAAUGAAAAUUAUACACGAAAGUGGUUUCACGAGUGAAGAUUUUAAACAAUAUCGGCCGGUUGUGUACAGCAAUACGACCCAAUCUCUUGUAGCAAUUCUACGAGCAAUGCCCAAUCUCGGCAUUGGUUAUGGAAAUAACGAAAGAGAGAUUGACGGUAAGAUGGUGUUCGAUGUGAUUCAGCGUAUGGAAGACACGGAGCCAUUUUCAGAAGAACUGCUAGCCGCAAUGAAACGACUGUGGGCCGACACUGGUGUUCAAGAAUGCUUUGGUCGAUCAAAUGAGUAUCAACUAAACGAUUCGGCUAAAUAUUUCUUAGAUGAUUUGGAUCGACUAGGCGCUAAAGACUAUCAACCUACAGAACAGGAUAUUCUUCGCACCAGAGUAAAAACGACUGGAAUCGUAGAAGUACAUUUUUCAUUUAAGAAUCUUAAUUUUAAGCUAUUUGACGUCGGAGGUCAGAGAUCGGAAAGGAAAAAAUGGAUUCAUUGUUUCGAAGAUGUUACGGCGAUUAUUUUCUGUGUAGCUAUGUCAGAAUACGACCAAGUACUUCACGAGGACGAAACGACUAAUCGAAUGCAAGAAAGUUUGAAGCUUUUUGACUCCAUUUGCAACAACAAAUGGUUCACAGACACAUCCAUAAUCCUUUUUUUAAAUAAGAAAGAUCUAUUCGAAGAGAAAAUUAGGAAAUCGCCUCUUACCAUUUGUUUCCCAGAAUAUGCAGGUGCUCAAGAGUAUGGUGAAGCUGCAGCGUAUAUUCAAGCGCAAUUCGAAGCAAAAAAUAAAUCCACAACUAAAGAAAUUUACUGCCACAUGACUUGUGCAACGGACACGCACAACAUACAAUUUGUGUUUGAUGCCGUCACGGACGUCAUUAUUGCCAAUAACUUGCGUAAUUGCGGCCUCUACUGAACACCCUGUGUUUAUUAUUACUUUUUCUCAAAUUACACACAGGACUGUAGUCGGUGGUUCAUAAUUCAAAAAUUUGUAAGUGAUCGAUAUACUUAUAUUAUAUGUAACAUGGUAAGUUGGUUUUCCAAAUUGAACAUUUUCACUCUCUAAAUUUAAGUGAACUACAAAUGUGACCGAAAAUGUACUAAAGUACCAAAGCUCGAAUAGUGUUCUUUUCGUGUAUCAUUAAUUAAUUUAUUUAAUCGGAGAAACAUUAAAAGCAUUCAAAAUUUAGCGGUAGCUUUAUUGUGCUUGCUGUAAAGGUUGUAAAGGGCGUAUUUGUUGUUUACAAUGUUGGGAAAAUUAUCUAUACAGUGUCGAUUAUUUUACAAAUUGAUCCUAUCACACAAAAUUUUACAGAUGCCUAUCGCUACGACUAUUUUUCUUAUUUAAACCGUGUGACGCACAUUGAGCACAAUAUUUAAAGCCCGACAUUGUUAAACAAGUGAUAAAAAUAAAUGUGUAAACGAUGAAUGAACGUAUUUUAAGAAUGAAUGUAAAUGUCGUGCCAUAGAAACCAAAUGCAUUUAUUAACAUUAGCUAGUACUAAUUAUGUUUCCUUUAACACAUUUUUCGAUACAAGAUAUUGUGAGAUGCGAAACACUACCUACCAUUAAAAUUUUAGUUGUUACGACAACACCAAAGCUUUUUUCUAAAAGAUAUAUAAGAAUAAUCAAUCACACCAUUAUUUUUCCGAUUGAUCCAAAUUCAGCACUUUGUGAACCUCUUCAAGCGUUUAAUACUGUUCGUGUAAUUAAACUAUCAAAUUAUUGUGUAAAUACAAACAAAUAUAUGGAAUUAGUAAUAAUGUAGCAACAUUUAGAAUGUCGUCAUAUAUUAUUUACAUUUUUUAAAUCGAACAUCUUCUUUACUAUUUUCUUCUUCUUAUACUUAUAAUUAACAUUCCUUUUUUUGACACCUAGAUUGUAAAUAUUUUAUUUUUGCUAUUUUCGCAUUUUGAGAAGUACAUAUACAAAGUGUGUGUUAUACAAUAACGAUUGGUAUUACAAAAGGAAAUGCUUAGCUCAAAUAUUUACAAUAAACUAUAUACCUACAAUUUUAGUCUGUGCAGUUUUUAAUAUAGCAAAAGCGUCUAAAAGCAGCACAUUUCACCUAAUAUACCCAUGUGCCCCGAAACACCACAGUUAAUCGAUGACAUCCACCUGGUUCGACGAUUUUGUGAAUUAGUGAUACGCCAAUCAUUACGGGCUAUAAAUUAUUGUUCUGAUUUGUCCAUUAUUAUGUGAAUAUAACCUUUCGUUGGCACACAAAAAGCUCAUUAUCGCAACAAAAUUGGGCCAAAAGUUUGUAAAUAGUAUACUAUCAAGUCAUAUGCUUGUGCCAUACUUUUUAAAAAGGCUGUAGUAGUUAGAACCUCUUUCACAAAUCUAUUGUUUUGUUAUUUUGAAAUUUUAAUCAUGGUUAUUAUUUGUACUAGAUAUAUAAUCAGUCAUAAAUGUUUGAAAACUUGUGGAAAAUUAUGUAACUUAUAAAUAACGCAAAAAUUAGGUACAUAAGCGAAUUUUCCAAAGUUAUCAUUUGUUGCAAUGUGAAACUGAACUUUUGUAUUGUAAUAAAUAUUAGUAUUAAGUUUCUCAAUUAUUAAUUAAUAUGACUUUUGCAUUUAUAUCACACACUAUAAUGUUCUUAACACUCUCUACUAAUAAUGCUUAAUGUUAUGUAUUUCUCUGCUUUAAAAAGAAUGUUAUUAAUCAUCAUGUACAUAGCAGUAUUGUUGUGUAUUUGAGAAUUAAUGACGUGAUAUUUCUAGUCAAAUGUUUAGUUCAUAUUUUGGCUAUAUGUUUUGUAUUCAAUUUAAAGGGUGAAAUAAAACAGUAUGUAACAUGCCAUUGUUUUCGUAUUAUAAAAACCGUUAUCAUA